UGACGUAUUGGGAAGGCGGUUCAGCUUUGCCACGUCUCUCUAUGGCAGCGGCAGGUUAGAAGUGAUGAAGGAAAUAGGAACAACUUUAGAUUUUCGGUUUUAAGUUACUCGGAUACGGUAAAGUAGGCCCAUUGCACGCCUCGUGAGAGUACAGACGGGUGGUUUUUGGUGGAUUUUGUGCAUCACUGUGCAUGAUAAAUUAGAAGCGGCCACUUGCAUGUACCUUCUUGGAGGUUCGGUCGUAGAGCUGGGAUAGCUGAUGUAUGAACCUCAACUCCACUUACGGCUAAUUAAUGUAGGUCAGGCAGUGCUGGGAUCUAUACUGUGUUCUCGGGGUGGAACAUCCUGUUGUCCCCCGAAUUGGUUUGGUUCCUUGCCAUGCCUGGUGGAAGGCGGGGUCCGAGUCGGCAGCAGCUGAGCCGGUCAGCAUUGCCAUCUCUACAGACUCUUGUAGGAGGAAGCUGCAGCAACGGAACUGGCCUCAGAAAUAGGGCCAGUAACACAGUUGGUCUCUCAGCCCCUCCAAUCACUGCCCUGAUCACCCCUGAGCCUGUCCGUCACUGUCGUAUCCCUGACCUUCCCUUGGAUGGAAGUCUUCUGUUCGAGUUCCUGUUCUUCAUUUAUCUGUUGGUUGCCCUCUUCGUCCAGUAUAUAAACAUUUACAAAACAAUCUGGUGGUACCCUUACAGCCACCCUGCUGCCUCUACCUCACUGAAUUUCUAUCUUAUUGAUUAUUACCUGGCAGCCUUUAUCACAGUCAUGCUAGCCCGGAGAUUAGUAUGGACAAUCAUUUCAGAGGCCUCACAGACCGGGCCAACAUCAGUGGUACAUUACAUGGUGCGAAUCGCAGCACGUCUAAUACUUCUGACUUUCUGCGGUUGGGUGCUAUGUUGGACACUAGUUAAUCUCUUCAGGAAUCAUUCAGUUUUGAACCUCCUUUUUCUUGGUUACCCCUUUGGAGUAUAUGUGCCAUUAUGCUGCUUCCACCAGGAGAGUCGAUCUCAGCCUUUACCUGCAGACUGUGGUUACCUUGAUCAGGAACAUCUUGAUGGUCAACUGAUUAAAUCAAAGGACUUCUUAACACUCCUAAGAGAGAAUUUAAAAGAACAAUUUAAUAACCCCACAUCGAUUCCAGCACACACCUGCCCUCUUUCUCCAGACCUUAUCAGAAAUGAAGUGGAGUGCCUGAAAGGAGAUUUUAACAAAAGAAUCAAAGAGGUCCUUUUUAAUUCCCUCUUCAGUGCCUAUUAUGUAGCCUUUCUGCCACUAUGUUUCGUAAAAAGUACACAAUACUAUGACAUGCGGUGGUCAUGUGAGCACCUCAUCAUGGUCUGGAUAAAUGCCUUCGUCAUGUUAAUGAGCCAGCUGCUACCUCCAAAAUACUGCGAUUUACUUCACAGAUCUGCAGCACACCUGGGCAAGUGGCAAAAAUUGGAACAUGGCUCCUACAGCAAUGCUCCCCAGCAUGUUUGGUCAGAAAAUACUAUAUGGCCACAGGGUGUUUUAGUACGACACAAUCGAUGUUUAUACAAAGCCGCUGGACCUUAUAAUGUUGCAGUGCCUUCAGAUGUGUCUCAUGCCAGAUUUUAUUUUUUAUUUCAUAAACCGUUAAGGAUUUUGAACCUCCUCAUCCUGAUUGAAGGCAGCGUGGUGCUUUAUCAGCUUUACUCUCUGCUGCGAUCUGAAAAAUGGAACCACACUCUCUCCUUGGCUUUAAUUCUUUUUUGUAACUAUUAUGUUUUAUUUAAACUGCUCAGAGACCGGAUAGUCCUGGGCAAAGCUUACUCUUACCCACUGAACAGCUUUGGAAUUAAGUCUCAUUGAGCAGACCUAAGGGAGCUGGGGUCUGGGAAGAGCCAAAAAAACUCAAAUAUUAUUUUGAUACGGUUCUAUUUUUCAUGCAAUGUUUAUAUCUAUUUAAAAAUAUUUUAUAUUUUGUAUACUGUUUCCAAGAGUAUGGUUCUUUGCAAAUAUAAGGUGUUCCAAAUGUUGUGCCCUUCCUGCAGCAUUUUUGCCAUCUCAGAAGGUAUGCUUUUGCUCCACGUUUUAAAUAUUGAAAGUAAUUUCCAGGAGUGCCAAACUGCCAUGCUGUAGCAAUGAUUUGGGGGAAAAUAAAGACAUUCAAAAUGUCCAAUUUUUCUGG